AUGGAGAACGAGGAGCUCUUCGCAGGCGAAUCCGCUCUGGAUGUGCAACAGGCCACCGAGAGUCUGGUUCAAGAGACACGUUGUACUGCAGAUGGCACGGUCUUAAACGUGCACCAUGAGCCGCUGCUAGCCAGCAAUGAAGGGGAUGAUGAGUGGCCAGAGGAAGUACCGCAGCUUCGCGACACAGACCCAGACACACGACCGCGAUGGAGGAGACCAAGUAUAUACUGGUUACUCCCAUUUACAUUGGUCUUCACCAUUGGAUUUGGCGGCUUGGCUGUCCCCAAGGUUACUCUAAUGAGGGAUCUAGUAUGCCGCAAUUAUCUCUAUGAAAGGAGUCUCAAAGAUCCUCAUUUCACAUACCUCCCCGUGAUUAUAUCCGGAGAUAAUCCUCAGUGUAGGAUACCCGAUGUUCAAUCCAAGGUUGCCCAGCUGCAGCUAUACAUCAACCUCAUUUCUGGUCUCGUCGCAGCCCUGGUCAGUCCCCGGCUCGGCCGCUUAUCGGAUGCCUACGGCCGGACCAAGUUGAUUGCUCUGUGCGGGACAUGCUCUGCGAUCAGUGAAUCAAUCACCUGUUUUCUGGGAACAUGGCCCGAAGCUCUCUCCGUUAACCUGUUCCUGCUCGGAGCGCUGGUGGACGGACUGGGUGGAUCUAUCACCGGUGCCCAGGUGGUGCUUCACUCUUACGCAACCGAUUGCACACCUCCCAACCGACGGAGUGUGGCAUUUGGUUUAUUUCAUGGUGCGCUGUUUUUGGGUGUGGCAGCUGGGCCGAGCGGUGCAGCAUAUAUCAUCAGUAAGACAGGAAGCUCGUUGCCCGUGUUCUACACGGGCUUUUUAUUGCAUGCCUUCUUUUCCUUGUGUGUUAUUUUAGUGGUUCCUGAGUCCUUAUCCAAGGAACUUCAACUGGUGGCUCGUGCUAAGCACCGUUUCAAGGCGACAGACGAUGAGCCCAAAUGGUACUCCUGGAAGGCUCUCAACCCAUUGAACCUCGUUACCCCUCUGAAAAUUCUUUGGCCUGCCGUUGGGCGACCGAGUGUUCUUUUCCCCAACCGGAAAGGUGCUAGCCCAGCUCUGCGCCGCAAUAUCCUCAUGCUGGCCAUGAUGGAUGUGGCUUUAUUCGGCGUCGCCAUGGGCACGGUACAGGUCAUCAUUAUUUACGCCGAGUAUAUGUUCGACUGGGGGAAUGUGGAAAUGAGUCUGUUCGUUGCGAUAGUCAAUGGUCUGCGCACCAUCAACCUAUUUGUAUUCUUACCUCUCAUCUCCUGGCUUUUCCGCACGCCGACCCCUGACGAUGGCAUGAUUCGCGGGUCCGAUAUGCUCGACGUCAUAAUCAUUCGCAUAUCUGUUCUCUUCGAUAUUAUUGGGUAUAUUUGCUUUACUCUAUCGAAGACAGGCACUGCCUGGCUUGCUUCAGGUAUUAUCACUUGUCUUGGUGGAAUGGGACCCCCGACAAUCCAGUCUGCGCUCACUAAGCAUGUGCCGCAUGACCGCGUUGGACAGUUGCUUGGCGCAACAGGCCUUUUGCAUGCUCUGGCUCGGGUGGUUGCACCUACGGUUUUCAAUUUGAUCUAUAGUUUGACUGUUAGGUCACAUCCUCAAACAGUUUUUAUGCUUCUUGCAUCUGUCUUUGGAGCUGCCAGUUUCUUGAGCUUCUUUAUUCGACCACAUGUGACCCUUGACGAUGAGCCUGCAUUUGACAUAGCGGUCGAGGCUAACGAAGAUGGAGAAGACGAGGAGGAUCAAUUGCUUUUACGAUAA